AUGUCUGAAAGUCCUACAGAGCUAAGGAUUGUGCUGCUCAGCAAGAAUGGCUCUGAUAAUAGUACUGUUGGAAAAGUCAUCCUGGACAGAGGGGCAUUUGUACAAAGUCGCUGUGAGAAAGUCAGGGGUCAGGUGGAGGGAAGACACAUAGCUGUGAUCAACACUCCAGACCCUCACAUCUCACAUGACAAACUCUCAGAGGAACUGCAUUGGUGUGCCACUCUGUCUGACCCGGAACCUCAUGUGUUCCUGGUCAUGCUGCAGCCUGAGAAGUUCACACAGGAAGAGGGAGACAGAAUCAGGACAUCCUCAGUGACCGGUCCUUUGACUACUCAAUGUGUCUUCACUCAGGAUUGUGCUUCUGGGGAGAGCAACGACAAGAAGAGUACAGUGGGUAGCAUGAUCCUACAGAAAGAGGCUCUUAAGUCUGCUUUUAUCUUAAACUAUAAACAAUGUGAGUCAGCCAGUGGGAAGGUGAAUGGCAAGUCUGUUACUGUUGUAAAGACUCCAGACUUCUUUGCUCCACAUCUGACUGUGAAGUCCCUGAUGCAGGAGAUGGAGAGAUGUAAGUCCCUCUCUGCUCCUGGGCCUCAUGGGGUCCUACUGGUGUUGAAGCCUGAGAACUUCACAGAGGAGAACAGAAACACAUUCAAGUUGAUCCUGAGCAUAUUUGGUAAAGAGGCCUUCAAGUACUCAAUGGUGAUCAUUACUCACGAGGGAGUCGCAGGAAAUCCUCAUCUGAGUCAAAUGAUUGAAGAAUGUGGAGGAAGGCAUCAUGACAUGUACAAACAAGGAAGUGACCACAAUGUGUUAACUGAAAAAAUAGAAAAGAUGGUAGAGGAGAAUGAAUGGAGAUACCUCACCUCCAAUGAAGACACGACACUCGAUACCAUGACACCAAAGGCUCAGAGACUGAACGUGGUGCUGUGUGGCAGAAGAGGAGCUGGGAAGACUUCUAUAGCCAAUGUCAUACUGGGUCAGACAGAGUCCAGUCCAAAGUCCAGCUCCUCAGUGUGUGUGAAGAGAGAAGGAGAGGUGUGUGGUCGGCCGGUCACCCUCAUCGAGCUGCCUGCUCUGUAUAGAACACAUCUCACUCAGGAGGAAGUGAUGUGUGAGACUUUCCACUGUGUCUCUCUCUGUGACUCUGGAGUCAAUGUUUUCCUCCUGGUCGUACCUUUGGGUCCAAUCACUGAUGAAGACAAAGGAGAGUUGGAGACCAUCCAGAAGAUUCUCAGCUCACGAGUCAAUGACUUUGUCAUGGUCCUGUUUUGA